CACUUAUUCUUUAUCUUUCAUAUUUUUUUAUCUGUUUCUGUUUACCAGAAUUUACAGUGCUGAGUAAUUUCAUAAGGCAUAUAUUUUAGUUCACCAAUUUUCUCUUGAACUGUGCCUAAUAUCCUCUGUAACCCAUCCCAUCUUUUUUUUUUUCUUUUAACAAUUGCGUUUUUAAUUUCUAAAAGUUCUGCUUGGUUCUCUUUUGAUAUACCCAGUCAUUCUUUGUCUUCUCAUGUUAUUUGGUGAUUUUUAUGACUCUAUAGGUAUUCUGUGGACUAUAUCAGGCAUUCCUAAUGUCUGAUAUCCUUUGGAAGAGGGAUGUCUAAAUUUAUUACUAUUUUGUUGUUGUUGUUGUUGUCUCUCCCUCAAUGUAACAGUCACCUCCUGCGUUUGGUGAUCAUUGAUUAUGAACUUCUGUUUAAUUGAUCUUUGUGGGAAUCUUGAGAGUCUAAAUUGGGAAUGCUUUCUUUCUGAAAGCAUUUUUAUCAAAUUUGUCUGGGAGCCAGGAAGUUUAACUGGGAUCACUUUUCAGUUCCUAUAUUUUGUUUCUGGCCCAGUGCUCUGUGUCUUGAUCCUACUACUGCUCUUGGCACCACUAUUUAUGGCUCUAAACUGUAGCCACGUUUAAUUUCUAGCUCAAGGUUUGUUGCUUUUGCGUGGAGAGUGUGGCUUCAAAUUUUCCCGUUUCUAUGAUCUCAGCAAAAACAUCCAAAAAGUAUUUUUUAAAAAUCUAGGAUCUACCUUUUUCUCCCAAUAGUACAUUCCCCCAGAGUGUCUAGUUCACCAUAACUGAUGAGAUCAGAAGUUCUUUAUUUUAAUAUUUUAGUAGUAUAUUUAUUUUUAUUUGUAUUAGAAAAAAUUUUAUGGUACCAAACAAGGAUUCUUGGUGAUAUCAACAUUUCUAUUACAACUAGUUUACAUCUAAGUUAAAAUUUGAGUUAUCCUAAAGAAAACUGUUAAGUGAAUAGCAGUACAGAUGACAAGUAGAUUACACAAUAUAUCCUCUGGAUCCAAAGUGACACUGCAGAGAUAAACCUGUGAUGAUCAAACAGGGUGAAAACUGCUAUCACAGACAUGGGCAAGGUGCUCUUGUUUACAGAGAAGAGGUGCAAAAAUAAACUUGAUGGUAGUGAGAAGAUCAGGAAAUCUUUCCUGGAAUUGGGUAUUAGGGACUGAUAGGCAUUAGGUGGUUGCAGAAUAACUUUUGUUUAGGAAGGACAAGCAGUUGGGUAUGACUGGCUUCUAGGUUGUGUGUCAUGGAGUGACUGGGGAUAAAAGCGGGAGCAACAUCACAAAAGGUCUUGUAUGCUUUUAUUAGGGAAGUUGGACUUUAUUCUCAAAGUGAAGGGAAGCUGUUGCAUGGUUUUAAGCAGUAAAGUGGUAUGAUCAGAGUUUUAGAGGGUGCCGAGAUUGAAGGCAAGUUUGACCAGAGGAGACUUCUUGUUAAAUUGGUUCAGAGGAGAAACGAUGAAGGCAGUCGUACUGGGCAUGAAGAAGUAUAUGUGUGCUAAUUUAACAUUUCUUAGGGAAGCAGAAAUGACAAGAGUUAGUGGUCAUUUGGACAGAAAUGUUGAAGGAAACUGGGGAGUCUAGGUUGACUCCCAGGGUUUAGGUUUGGGUAGUAAAAUGGCAUGUAGAACAAUUAUGAUAAACAGGAUACAGAAAGAGGAAAGAACUUGGUUUCAUUUGUUUGUUUUUGAGGAAAAAGAUGCUUGUUUUUGAACUUACUGAUUCUGAGGGGCUUGUGGGACAUCUUGGUUAAGAUCCUGCAGUAGUUGACAGGGAUUGACAGGGAGGGUCUGGAAGUCAAGUGAUACAACCCUGCCUGGAAAGAUUUGGGAGCCUUCAUCAUUUGAAAGUUUGGAAGCCAUUGUUUACUGCAGUGCAUUUGAGAGAAUUUAAACUGGUACAUAGAUAAACACUUGAAAAAAUUUUAGUAGAUAGGAAUUUAAUGUUUAUGAGAAACAUAAUUUGCACAUCUAACCUUUGAUAAUCAUUGACAUCAUCACUUAGGCCAAAUGAGCUCAAUAAAAGGGAAAUAUAAACUAAAAAUAUAUGUGAUACAUGGAAAUGGCAAACAUCAUGGUGAAGCUAUAUAAACGAUGAAAGUUCAGAAAGUGCUGUGUUAAGCCAUGGGUGUGGUGGAUAAAUUUACCCAAGGAGAGAGUAAGAGUGAGAAGAAAAGAGAGUUGACAUUGGGUGGCGGGGAAUGGAGAAGAAGAGCCCAUGAAGGAAACUGAGGAAGAGCAGCCAGACGAAUAGGAGGAGAACCAGAGAAGAUGGUCUUUGGAGUCCAAAUGAAGAGUUCUGAGGAGGAAGUGGUCCACAGCGUCAAGUAAGUUGUAAGCUGAAAAGUGCUCUUUGGAUUUAGCAAUUAAGGUAGACUAUUUAGCUGGAAGCAUCCAAACAGUGGAUUUAAAAAAUACUCAUCUAACAUUAAGGUUAAAGAAAGCUGGUAUUUAUAGCAUUUCUCAUAUACCUGGUACUCUUCUAAGCACUUCACAUGUGUUAACUGAUUAUUCAGGUAGGUAGUAUUGUUAUCCCCAUUUGAUAAACACAGAGGAAGCACAGAGAGGUUAAGUAACUUAUCCAAGAUUGCACACGCAAGGAAACAAGAGAGCCAGGAUUCAAGCCGAGAGUCUUGGCUACAGAGUCCAUGUUCUUAACCACUUUGUCACAUUGCCUCUCUAGUUAAAAACAAAAUAGAAAAUAAAAAUUACCCCAAUGCCGUAAUUACAGUACAAUUGGUGCUGUGUGUGGUAUCAGUGAGAUUUGCCAGGCUUGAAUGACCAGUGUCAGUCUGCCAGGUUUGAGCGCAUUAAUUGUAUUGUAAUUGACGCCAUGAUGCGUGGGCUGUGACAGUUCUUGGCUCUUUCUGUAUUUUAUGCCAAAAUAGUUUGUGAGACAAGUAAGUUUAGCACAUACCUCAUAUUAUGUGCUAUAGUUUGGGUGCUCCAGUGUCUUUUUUCUGUUCAUUGUUCACUUUUGGAGUUAAAUUUUUUAAACUCGAAAUAUUUAUGCAGAAUAGGUCAGGUUCUAGACAUUAUAGAUAACCAGUUUUGUGGAAGGUCAUUAAUGAUCUUAAUGAAAGUAGUUUCCCUUGAAUGGUAGAAUUGGAAACCAAAUCAUAGGAAACUGAAAGUGAAUGAGAAUGGAGGAUUCAGAUGAGUGAAAAAUGAAGAGUUCUUGAUGAAGUUGAAGAAUGACUGUGGUAGGAAAUCAGGAAGACAUGAGCGUAAUGACUCUUGGCUAUGGUCAGAGAGGAGCUAAUAAGAGUAUAAAAGAUUUAAAAACUGGUUUGACCUAGGUAGUGACCUGAGGUGUUGCCCUGGGGUGGGAGAGCCUAGUGAGGUGGGCAGUGAAGUUCAUGUUAGUUGAGGAGGUUGUUAAACUACAAGGCUGGGGUAUUGUGUGCAUGGACCUUGAUGUGGCUGGGAUGAUAAUAGAAUUUGGAGGAAAGAGAAAAACACUGAACUAGUUGCCAUUGAUCUUGAAAGGUGACAGUAACCAAAAGAAAGUAGGUGGCAAUAACAGGAAAAGUGGAUGUAGUGAAAGAGAGUGUUUGAGAGUAGAAACUAUGGCAACUAAAGACUGGAUUGGAAUCCUUCCUUGCUUGGUGACCUGAACAAAUUACUUAAUUUUACUGAGCAUUUUCCCAUCUGUACAGUUGAGAUGAUGAUAAUUGUGUCUGCCAAGAAGAAUUGCUGUGAGGAAUAGUGAAAUGCAUGUAAAACAUCUGGUACAGUAUGUGGCACGUGGUACAAAUAGUUUGCUAGGAAGAUUGUUACUGUUCUUCACUUGUGAUACUGUGAGGUUUUCAUACGGCAACUUGGACAUCAGGAGAUGGAUUGAGCAAUUGAAUAGAUUUGUAUUUCAGGGACUGGUGGUGGUCUUGCUUUGGAAAGAAGAAACUUGGUUUAUCCUAAUAAUAGUGGGAUAAUAAUGGUGAAGUGAGAGGUAUAAGGAACAGUGUUAAUGAUGUGCUGGUGGUGAUAGGAAAAGAAAGCCAUUAUGUGGGCAAGAGCUAGACGUAAUAAAAUGGUGCAUUUUUCAGUGAUGUUUAGGCUAUGUAGCUAUUCUCUGAUAACUAUACAAAUCCUCAUUAUUGAACUUUCUUCAGGAAAAAAAAACCCCUGAAACUUUAGCACUAAACCCCCUUCCCUCCCAUUGAAAUAAGUAUUUUUAAAACAUGGCUUUUGAUAAUGCAAGGUUUUUUCCUUUUUUUGCGAGUUAGCAGUGUCAAUUGUGUAUUGCAGUAGUUGUGAGAGCAUUAGAAGCAGCAGUCAAUAGGAGGAUGGAAGGUCUGGAUGCCGCCUUGGGGAGUUAGGAGAUUGGCAGACUUACCUGUAUCACUCAAGCCCUACUCCUUUGCCUGGGAUAGAAACACACUGAGAGAUUGAUAGGAGAAUAUGAGCAGUUGAUAGGAAACAGUUCUCAGUGGAGUCAGGAUUUAGGUCAGGCCAGGAGGUUGAGAAUAUAGCAGUUUGUGUUGGUGAAAUGGCAUAUUUCAUAGAAUGCAGUAAAAGCAGGUAGGGUACAAGUGCAGCAAUGGGAAGAUGUCUUUUUUAAAUUCAGCAAACACUUACUUGAGAGCUUACCAUGUGCUAGGCACAUACAAAGAUACAUCAGAUGCCCUUAAUAAUCCUCCAUUUAAAGGAGACAUGUGAAGGGAUUAACUUAGAAUAGAGAUGGUGAAUACAUGAACCUGAGGAAAGGAAGAAAUAGAUUAAAUAAUCUGGAGAGAGUCAGGGGAGAAGAACGGCAGAAUGGGGACAGGAAUCUUUCAGAGCUCAGUGUUUUGAUUGGAAUGUUUUUUUGGGGGCAUUAGGUUCCAAGUAUUUUUCUAAUAUACCAUAGAAGCCAGGAAAACUGUUUCUUCUGUCAUCUCAAAUGAUUUAAUUACUGACUUGAGUUUGUGUUGUCUCUUUAGACUUGUGCAUCAUGAACAAUUUUGCCGAGGGAGAUUUCACUGUGGCGGAUUGUGCCUUGUUAGAAGAUUGCCCUUACGUGGACGUGGAUGAUUGUGUGUUUGCGGCUGAAUUUAUGACCGAUGAUUAUGUUCGUGUGACUCAGCUUUACUGUGAUGGGGUGGGUAUGCAAUAUAAAGAUUAUGCUCAAAGUGAGAGAAAUUUAGAAUUUGACAUCUGCAAUAUAUGGUGUAGUAAACCAGUUUCUGUCCUACGAGAUUAUUGUGAUGCCAUCAAAAUAAAUAUCUUCUGGCCACUUCUGUUUCAACAUCAAAACAGUUCUGUAAUAUCACGAUUGCAUCCCUGUGUGGACGCCAACAAUUCACGUGCUUCUGAGAUAAAUUUGAAGAAAUUACAACAUCUUGAGUUGAUGGAAGAUAUUGUGGAUUUGGCAAAGAAAGUUGCUAAUGAUUCAUUCCUUAUUGGAGGCUUAUUGAGAAUUGGUUAUAAAAUAGAAAAUAAAAUCUUAGUAAUGGAAGAAGCUCUGAAUUGGAUAAAAUAUGCAGGAGAUGUAACAAUUCUAACUAAAUUAGGAUCAAUUGACAAUUGUUGGCCUAUGUUAAGUAUUUUCUUUACUGAAUCAAGGAGAACUAAUGAAAAUGAAAGGAAAUGAAGAGUUUUCCAAAGAAAGAUUUGAUAUAGCUAUUAUCUAUUACACCAGAGCCAUUGAAUAUAGACCUGACAACCACCUUCUUUAUGGUAACCGAGCUCUUUGUUUUCUUCGUACUGGACAGUAUAGAAAUGCCCUCAGUGAUGGAAAGAGAGCCAUUAUUCUGAAGAGCACUUGGCCAAAGGGUCAUUAUCGUUAUUGUGAUGCUCUUUCUAUGCUGGGGGAAUAUGACUGGGCCCUGCAAGCAAACAUUAAAGCUCAAAAACUCUGUAAAAAUGACCCUGAGGGAAUCAAGGAUCUAAUUCAGCAGCAUGUAAAGUUACAAAAACAAAUAGAAGACCUGCAAGGUCGAACAGCAAAUAAGAAUCCAAUUAAAGCCUUUUACGAAAACAGGGCCUAUAUACCUAGGAGUUUAUCAGGACCUAUAUUUAGUACUUCACUUAACUUUGUGGAGAAGGAAAGAGAUUUCAGAAAAAUUAAUCACAAAAUGGCGAAUGGUGGUAAUCAGAAUCCAAAGGUGGUGGAUGAGGCAAUGAAGGUAGAUGAUUGUGACUGUCAUCCUGAAUUUUCACCACCACCAAGUCAGCCUCCAAAACAUAAAGGAAAACAAAAGUCUCGAAACAAUGAAUCAGAGAAGUUCAGUUCUAGUUCACAAUUGACUUUACCAGCAGAUUUGAAGAACAUCUUGGAGAAACAAUUUUCUAAAUCUUCCAGAGCUGCACACCAGGAUUUUGCUAAUAUAAUGAAAAUGCUGAGGAGCUUAAUUCAAGAUGGCUAUACAGCUUUAUUGGAGCAGCGAUGCCGCAGUGCCGCACAGGCCUUUACAGAGUUACUGAACGGUUUAGAUCCUCAAAAAAUAAAGCAACUGAACCUGGCUAUGAUUAACUAUGUCUUGGUUGUCUAUGGACUUGCCGUUUCUCUCCUUGGAAUAGGGCAGCCUGAGGAAUUAUCUGAAGCUGAAAACCAGUUUAAGAGGAUUAUUGAACACUACCCCAAUGAGGGACUUGACUGCCUGGCCUACUGCGGAAUUGGAAAAGUAUACUUGAAAAAAAACAGAUUUCUCGAAGCUCUCAAUCACUUUGAGAAAGCAAGAACCUUGAUUUAUCGUCUUCCUGGAGUGUUAACUUGGCCCACAAGUAAUGUGAUUAUUGAAGAGUCUCAGCCAGAAAAAAUUAAGAUGCUGUUAGAGAAAUUUGUUGAAGAAUGUAAGUUCCCUCCAGUGCCAGAUGCCAUUUGUUGCUAUCAGAAGUGCCAUGGAUAUUCUAAGAUCCAGAUUUACAUAACUGAUCCAGACUUUAAGGGUUUUAUUCGAAUCAGCUGUUGCCAGUACUGUAAAAUAGAAUUUCACAUCAAUUGCUGGAAGAAGUUAAAAACUACAACCUUUAAUGAUAAAAUUGACAAGGAUUUUCUUCAAGGAAUAUGUCUUACCCCUGACUGUGAAGGUAUCAUUUCUAAGAUUAUCAUCUUCAGCAGUGGUGGUCAAGUUAAAUGUGAAUUUGAACACAAGGUCAUAAAAGAAAAGGUUCCUCCAAGACCUAUUCUGAAACAGAAAUGUUCUAGCCUAGAGAAACUAAGACUGAAAGAAGACAAAAAAUUGAAGAGAAAGAUCCAAAAACAAGAAGCAAAAAAAUUAGCACAAGAAAGAAUGGAGGAGGACUUAAGAGAAAGUAAUCCACCCAAAAACGAAGAGCAGAAAGAAACUGUAGACAAUGUUCAGCAUUGUCAGUUCAUUGAUGACAGAAUUCUACAGUGCAUAAAGCAGUAUGCUGACAAGAUUAAAUCCGGCAUACGGAAUACAGCCACACUUCUCAAAGAAUUGCUUUCUUGGAAAGUUUUGAGCACAGAAGACUAUACAACCUGUUUUUCUAGCAGAAAUUUUCUAAAUGAAGCAGUGGACUAUGUUAUUCGUCACUUGAUUCAAGAAAAGAACAGAGUAAAGACAAGGAUAUUUCUGCAUGUUUUAAGUGAGCUUAAAGAAGUGGAGCCCAAAUUAGCCACCUGGAUCCAAAAACUUAAUAGCUUUGGCCUAGAUGCCACAGGACCUUUCUUUUCUCGUUAUGGAGCAUCUCUUAAACAGCUUGAUUUUAGCAUCAUGACUUUCCUCUGGAAUGAGAAAUAUGGUCAUAAACUAGCCUCUAUUGAAGGAAAGAAACUUGAUUAUUUCUAUGAGCCAGCGUCAUUGAAGGAAGCCCGUUGUUUAAUAUGGCUGCUGGAAGAACACAGAGACAAGUUCCCAGCAUUGCAUAGUGCUUUAGAUGAAUUCUUUGAUAUAAUGGACAGCCGCUGUACUGUGUUAAGGAAACAAGACAGUGGUGAAGCACCGUUUAGUUCUACCAAGGUGAAAAACAAAGGCAAGAAAAAGAAGCCAAAGGAUUCAAAGCCUAUGUUAGUUGGGUCCGGAACAACUUCAGUAACUUCAAAUAAUGAGAUCAUCACUUCAAGUGAAGACCAUAACAAUCGAAAUUCAGAUUCUGCAGGCCCAUUUGCAGUGCCUGACCAUCUUCGACAAGAUGUAGAAGAAUUUGAAGCUCUCUAUGACCAACACAGUAAUGAAUAUGUUGUCCGCAAUAAGAAGCUAUGGGACAUUAACCCAAAACAAAAAUGUUCAACUCUAUAUGAUUACUUCUCUCAGUUGUUGGAGGAACAUGGUCCCUUGGACAUGAGUAACAAGAUGUUCUCUGAAGAAUAUGAGUUUUUCCCAGAAGAAACUCGACAGAUACUAGAAAAAGCAGGAGGCUUAAAAUCUUUCCUCUUGGGAUGUCCUCGUUUUGUUGUGAUUGACAACUGUAUUGCAUUGAAGAAAGUUGCAUUACGGCUCAAGAAAAAAAGAAAGAAGAAAAACAUUAAAGCAAAAGUAGAAGAAAUUUCAAAAACAGGAGAGUAUUUACGAGUUAGACUACCACUGAAUCCAGCUGCUAGGGAAUUUAAACCAGAUGUAAAAUCUAAACCAGUGGCCGAUACAUCUUCAGCAACAGCUUCUGAGGCUGUGAAACCCAAACCUGUGUCUACAAAUUCUCCCAAACCAGCUUGUGAAGAUGUGAAGCCCAAACCGGUAUCCAAUAAUUCUUCUAGACAAGUUUCUGAGGAUGGGAAACCCAAAGGGGUCUCUUCUAAUUCUCCCAAACCAGGCUCUGAGGAUGCAAAUUACAAGCGACUCCCCUCUAAUUCUCCCAAACCGCUUCUUGAGGAUAUGAAACCAACUUAUUGGGCUCAAUCCCAUUUGGUCACAGGAUACUGUACGUAUCUUCCUUUCCAGGGAUUUGACAUCACCCAGACACCGCCAGCAUACAUAAAUGUGUUACCAGGUUUGCCCCAGUACACCAGCAUAUAUACGCCCUUGGCCAGCCUUUCUUCUGAAUAUCCACUGCCAAGAUCAAUACCAAUGGUGCCGUCUUUUGUAGCCAAUGACAGAGCAGAUAAAAAUGCUGCUGCCUAUUUUGAGGGUCAUCAUUUGAAUGCUGAGAAUGCUGCUCGUCACCAGAUUGCCUCCGAAACACAGAUCCUUGAUGCCUCUUCUGGAUCUGUAAAGUCACAGUGCAGCACAGUUGAUGCUGAUACAGUCCUGAGUGAGUCUAACAGAAAUGAUGGGCACUGUGGCAAUUCUAACAACAAAUUUGAAGUCAUUCCAGAAAACACCAGCACAGUAACAGACAUUCCACACAUGCAGGUGAUUGCCAUACAGGUAUCUUGGAACACAGCACACAAAGAAGUCAAUACUGAGCCAUAUAACCCUUUUGAGGAACAUCAAGGGGAAAUUUCACAGAUUGAAAAGGAGUACCAAGUAUUACAAGAGCAGCUUAAAGAAGCAUAUGAAAAUUAUGAGCAGAUAAAACUUAAGGGCUUAGAGGAGACCAGGGACCUGGAAGAAAAGUUGAAAAGGAACUUAGAAGAAAACAAGAUCUCAAAGACGGAAUUAGAUUGGUUUCUUCAAGAUUUGGAAAGAGAAAUUAAAAAAUGGCAACAGGAAAAAAAAGAAAUACAAGAGAGACUAAAAUCACUGAAGAAGAAAAUUAAAAAGAUUUCAAAUGCCAGUGAAAUGUAUACCCAGAAAAAUGAUGAAAAGGAUAAGGAAUAUGAAUUACAUCUGGAUCAGUCCCCUGAAAUCAGCAACACAUUUACAAAUGAGAAAAUGAAAAUAGAAGAGUGUAUAAAGAAAGGGAAAGAGGAUUGUGAAGAGAGUCAUCAGAGAGCUGUGGCUGCAGAGGUAUCCAUCCUUGAAAACUGGAAGGAGAGUGAAGUGUAUAAGCUACAGAUCAUGGAGUCACAAGCAGAAGCCUAUCUUAAGAAGCUGGAGCAGAUUAGCCGUGAUUCUGCAGCAUAUCCUGACAUGGAGUCUGACAUAUGUUCAUGGGAAUUGUUUCGUUCUAAUGUUACAAAAGAGAUUGAGAAAGCAAAGUCUCAAUUUGAAGAACAAAUUAAGGCAAUUAAAAAUGGUUCUCGGCUCAGCGAACUUUCUAAAGUGCAGAUUUCUGAGCUUUCAUUUCCCACCUGUAACAUGGCUUAUGCUGAGUUACUCCCUGACUCUUCAGGCCACGAUGACCCAGGGCUUGUGACUUCUGCAAGCGACGUGACUGGAAGCCACGCAGCAGUUCACAGGGAUCCCAAUGUGUUCUCUGCCGGCGAUUCCCCAGAGGAGGCUCCUCCUGCACUCUUGCCAGGGCCACCUCCCAGUCAGCCUGAAGCCACUCAGCUGCCAGGGCCAAAAAGGGCUGGCCAGGCAGCUCUGUCAGAGCAAAGACCUGUGGCUAAUCAGAAGCAACAUGUUCCUCCAGGACGUGCUGCACGUUCAAGCCAGUCUCCAAAAAAGCCGUUCAAUAGUAUAAUUGAGCACCUGUCAGUGGUAUUCCCAUGUUACAACAGCACCGAGCUUGCUGGUUUUAUUAAAAAAGUGCGAAGCAAAAACAAGAACUCACUCUCAGGAUUGAGUAUUGAUGAAAUUGUCCAAAGAGUGACAGAACACAUUCUCGAUGAACAGAAAAAGAAAAAGCCAAACCCAGGAAAGGACAAGAGGACACGUGAGCCCAGCCCUGCCACCCCUGUGACCAGGUCCUCCCAGGGCCCACCCUCGGCGAUUGUUGCACCAUCACCCAAAACCAAGGGGCAGAAAGCAGAAGAUGUCCCUUUGAGGGUUGCACCAGCUGUGAGUUCCUGUGAAAUAUGCCACGAGGUCUUCAAAUCAAAAAAUGUGCGUGUGCUCAAAUGCGGGCACAAGUAUCACAAAGGGUGCUUUAAGCAGUGGCUUAAAGGGCAGAGCGCUUGCCCGGCCUGCCGGGGUCGUGAUCUGUCGGAAGAGUAGUAGCCUGCACCUUCUGGAAGAGGCUGGCCCACUGAGAAUCGGGAGCUGCCUUCACUAAAGCUCAUCCACUGGCAUGUUGAAUCGGAGGAAUCACAAUUUCCUACCACUGGUGUAAAAAGCAAACAUUUCAAGACCCUCGUGCAUUGUGCGUCACAAAGCUCAAUACAUGGAAAUCGCUAACAUAGUUGAUAUUGAGUAAUUUCCCCACUCUGAGUAAAUUCUUUGAUGAUGGCCAAGCAGUGGCUAAUAGAAUGACAGCUGCCACAUUCAUGGGUCGCGGGGGCUGCACGGAGCUCUUUUAGAUGGGCGUCUUCCUUUGGGAAGUAUUGCAGGGCCUCGAAGCAGUAUUCUAGGGAUAAGAAUUCUUAACAUAUUCAAGCACCCCACAUUUGUUAGUUACCUUUUUGUGUUUGAAAACCCUGUUCUAGUAGCUUGCAAGAGAGAUGAAACUGACUCUUUAAAUUUUUUACAUGGGUCUGUAUUCCUGAAAAUAUGCCUACGUUUUUCCUCAGAGAUUCUGCAUUUUAAGAAUGGGAAUAAGCAAACUACAUUUUAAUAAUUUAUAGUUAAUGUUAAAAUAUUGGCUGACUUAGACCAAGAUUCAAAUCUCCUCUUUGUGAAAUGCCAUCUGCUUUUAUUAUUUUAUGUUCCCCCUGAUAAAUUGUUUACUUUCAUCUUUUAUAGAUGUAAUCUGAUUUUCAAAAAUCACUUACAAAACACUUUUUAAUUAGCAUUGACUAAGAUUUUAGCCCCCUGGAGUCGAGGCUGUGUGUCCAUCAUCCCAGCCCCCGGUUGGAGCCUGCAGUUGGAACUCCACUGCCUCCUCAGCAGCUUCUGUUCUUCUGUGAGUCAGUCAGCAAGUGCGUGGGGGCCGCAUCCAGUUGUGCUGAGCACACAACGGGCGGUGUGUGGAAACGGCCACCGUCAUUCUCCUUUCCCACCCACCACAAAAAGAGAAGCUGUGCAUUUAGACAACCCUGAAGUGUCUGUGUUACAAUCGUCCUGUGUUUGACAUUUUGUAAAGUAAUGCAUGCAAUCUUGUUCUGUGGCCUAAGAGCAAAACUAACUACAUUAGAAACCAUGGAAAAAUUAGAUAUUGUUUUGUGACUUGUAGACAGUGGUAAAUCUAGAACUGUGAAUUCUGGACACAUUCCAUUUUUCUCCGACAUGAAGGAUCAAAAAAACGUUUUUCAAUGUGUUCUUUGUUCCACUGGAAACUUAAGAGUCAUGAAUUUAUGAGCUGAUUUUGUCACCUUCAUCUGCCUUUGUUCACUGUGAGUUCUGGUGUCUUAGUGACUUAGUUCGUAGAAGCUCAUGCCUUAGUUUGAAACAGAUUGUCCAUGGUGGUUCCGAAAACAUUGUCUGAAUAUUCAUGAGAAUUGAGCGCUAUGGAUGUUAACGUGCAUAAGGACCCGUUUGCAGUGCAAGUACAAAAGGAGAAGAGGAGCAUCUGUUGAAUGGGUGUGUUUUGUACAUAACUUCAGACACUUGUGAACAUGCCUUAUAUUUGUCCAAUAACUGUCAGAAUAAAGAACAUUCUAAAAUGA